AUGAAGUCCUCCGCUGUUGUCGCCUUCCUGUCUCUCUGCCUGGCGCAUACUGCCUUUGCUGCUUGCAGGACCCGCACCAAUGAAUGCUCUCCUCAAUCCGUCUGCGAUGCCAUCGGCAAGCCUGGCGCUUUCCCUUGCGCCUCUACCGAGACCCAGAGCCCUGCCCAGUGCUCCCAGGCCGCCUCCCCCGGUGGUCCCACUUCCGUCAGCUGCGAGUGCUGCGAUCUGUAA